AUGUGUCCAGAAGACCAAUAUCCAAACAAUGAACAAGAUCAAUGUCUCCCCAAGGUUACAACCUUCCUGUCCUAUGAAGAACCUUUAGGGAUAAUCCUAACUUCUUUUGCAUUAUACUUGUCACUCACCACAGCUGUAGUGUUAGGAAUCUUCAUUAAAUACAUGGAAACUCCAAUUGUUAAAGCUAACAACUGGCAUCUCUCCUACAUCCUCCUCAUCUCCCUCUUGCUUUCCUUUUUAUCCUCUUUUCUUUUCAUUGGUCGUCCGAGGAAGGUGACCUGCCUUCUCCGUCAAACAGCCUUCAGCAGCAUCUUCUCGAUUGCUGUCUCUUCUGUGUUGGCCAAAACUAUCACUGUGGUGGUUGCAUUCAUAGCCACAAAGCCAGGCAACAGGAUGAGGAAAUGUUUGGGGAAGAGUCUGGCCAACUCCAUUGUAUUUUGCUCUUCCAGUAUUCAGCUUGGCAUCUGCACCAUCUGGCUGGGAAUCUCUCCACCAUUUCCAGAAUCUGACAUGCAUUCCCAGGCUGGACACAUCAUCCUGCAGUGUAAUGAAGGCUCAGUAACCAUGUUUUACAGUGCCCUUGGCUACAUGGGCUUCCUGGCUGCCAUCUGUUUCACAGUGGCUUUCCUAGCCAGGAAGCUGCCUGGGGCAUUCAACGAAGCCAAGUUGAUCACCUUCAGCAUGUUGGUCUUCUGCAGUGUUUGGUUCUCCUUUGUGCCCACCUACCUGAGCACAAAGGGGAAAUACAUGGUGGCUGUGCAGAUCUUCUCUAUCUUGGCCUCCAGUGCUGGUUUGCUGGGUUGUAUCUUUAUUCCCAAAUGCUACAUUAUUAUAGUGAGGCCUGAUCUGAAUAGAAAGGAAUAUCUAAUAAUGAAAGUGAAAGAUGGCUUCUGA